AUGGAGACACAUAAAAUAUUGGUUUGUGGUGAUAUAGGUGGAAGUUUUAAUGCUCUUUUUAAAAGAGUUUCAACAGUUAAUAAAUCAAAUGGACCUUUUUCAUUAUUAUUAUGUGUAGGUUCAUUUUUUGAACCAUACCACCCAACAACUAAUAUUAGUAAUGAAAAUAAUAACAAUAGUAAUGAUGCAGAUGAUAAAGAUGAAAAUAAUAAUGAUAAUGAUAACAAUAACAAUAAUAAUAAUAAUAAUAAUUCAGAUGAUAAAGAUGAAAAUGAAUUAACAUUUCCAAAAGAAUUACAACCAUAUAAAGACGAAAUUGAAAAUGUACCAAUACCAACUUACUUCAUUGCAUAUAGUCAAUCAGAUUUUAAAUAUAUUAAAAAAUUUGUUAAUAAAGAAACAGGUGAGUUAUGUAAAGGUAUCACUUAUUUAGGUAAAUGCGGAAUUAAAAAUAUUUCAAAUUUAAAUAUUGCUUAUCUUUCUGGUAAAAUUGAUUAUCCAAUUAAAAUUCAAUCAAAUGAAGAAAAUACAAUUAUAAAAUCAGAAAUUGAUAAUAUUAUAAAAGAAGGUGAAGAUAAAAGAAUAGAUAUAUUAUUAAGUAAUCAAUGGUCAAGAGGUGUAUUAAAUAAUGUUACAAGUGGUAUACCAACAUUUUUAAAAACACCUUAUAAAAUUGGUAUUGAUGGUGUUAAAUUAGUAUCACAAGCAUUAACACCAGCUUAUCACUUUUCAAAGAAUUCAUUUUACUUUCAAAGAGCACCUUAUUACAAUACACCAACUUUAAAAAAUAAAAAUCCACAACCAACAAGAUUCCUUUCUUUAGCACCAAUUAAUAAUGAUAAAAAAGAAAAAUAUUUAUUUGCAAUGAGUUAUAACCCAAAUAAAGAUAUUAAUAAGGAUGACAUAACACCAAAUCCAUUCGAAAGAAAACAAAGAGAACUUGAUGAACAUGUCUCAAAAAAACAAAGAAAUUCUGACGAACAACAAACAAAUUUCUUUUUUAAUAAUACAAAUAAUAAUUAUAAUAAUAACAAUAAUAGAAAUAAUAAUAAUAAUAAUAAUAAUAAUAAUAAUAAUAAUAAUAAUAAUAAUAAUAAUAAUAAUAAUAAUAAUAAUAAUAAUAAUAAUAAUAAUAAUUAUAAUAAUAAUUAUAAUAAAAGAAUUAAUAAUCAACAACAACAACAACAACAACUAAAACAAAAACAUCAAGAUCAAAGUUGUUGGUUUUGUUUAUCAUCACCAGAAGUUGAUAGUCAUUUAAUUGUUACAAUUGGUGAUGAAUGUUAUUUAGCAUUUCCAAAAGGUGGUAUGGUUGAACAUAAUUUAUUGAUUGUUUUCACAGAACAUAAACCAAAUUUCAUGUCAUUGAAUGAAGAGGAAAGAAAAGAUGUUAAUUUAAUGAUUGAUUAUCUUAGAGAAUAUUUCUUGGAUAAAUACAAUCAAGAUAUAGUUAUAUUUGAAAGAAGUAUCAGUACAAAAGGUGGUACAGAUUUACAUGGUCAUCUUCAAGUUAUACCAAUACCAAAAGAAUUAUCAUCAACUGUAAAGCAAUCAUUCAUUGAUCAUCCUUUAACUAAAAAAUAUAAUAUGGAAUUUAAUGAUUUUAAAAAUGAUGAAAAUUCUGGAAAAGAAUUAAAAGAUAAACCAUAUUAUUUAGUUUUCUUACCAAAUAGUGAGCAAAUUUAUAGUGUUAUAUCAAAACCAGAUUUCCAAUAUGGAAGAAAAGUGAUGGUAGAUUUAUUAGGUAUACCAGAGAAAUUAAAUUGGAAAGAUUGUGUAAAAACAAAAGAAAUUGAAACAUCCGAAACCUUAAAAUUCAGAGAUGAAUUUCAACCAUUUUAUGAUAAAAAACAACCAACAGAUGAUGACAAUAAUGAAGAUAAUACUCAAUAA